CUCGGUCGAAGAUCUUCACGAAUUACUGUACGCACAGUGCACACACCCACGAUCUGGACACUGUCGUCACGGCCCCGCCCAAGGCUUCCUGUUGCCGACGGCCGUCCCACGUCAGUCGUGCCACGAGGUUCACAACUGUUCUAGCUCGUCGUCGUGCACAGCGUUGCCUUGCAUCGCUAUCUCCAAGCUAGCGAGAACAAUCACCACCACCACCACCACAGCCAUCUAUAUUUCUGUACCAGCUAUUCCUCAAAAAAAGCCGCGCGUGAGUCGAGACGAGACGCCAUGGGCUCCAUCCCGCACUGGAAAGAAACGGCUCAGCGCCGUCGCCAGGCGCAACUUUCCGCGAUCCCCGAGGAAUGGCGAUUGAAAUCCAUCCCGCCGGACUUCAAGGUACGCUGACUGCGCUCCUCAAUUCUGUCCGACUUGGUCUCUGGCUGCUCGGAAUCCUCAUGACGUCUCUGUCGAGGACAAAUCAAUACAUUAUGCGAUCUCAGCCUAGACUCGACUCACGAUGUGUGUCCUCGAGGAGCGGUGUUUACCUACCAUUGCUCAAACACACCCAUUCCCCUGGAAUGGAAGCCAGCUCAUUUUCUCAACUACCCUCCACAUACCCUUCAGUAUCGAGAUCUUUAAUACUAAUACGGUCGUCCCACAGGACAGCAGGUACGUAAUUGAGCGCUCCGGUCUACUCACGCCACCCGAACUUGAAAUCACCUCGACAAUCGGCGCCCGCAAAAUUCUCCGGCGCUACGAAGACGGCUCUUGGACGUGCGAAGCCGUCGUCCGCGCCUUCUGCAAGCGCGCCGCCCUCGCCACACAGCUUAUCAACUGCUGCACGGAGCUCAUGUUCGAAGAGGCGCUUUCUCAGGCCCGCGAUCUGGACAGAUGGUACGCCGACACCGGCGAGUUCGUCGGGCCUUUACAUGGCAUCCCCCUCAGCCUCAAAGACACGCACCAAGUCCGCGGCCACGACACGACGGUCGGCUGGGUCGGCAACAUCGGCCGGCCCGCACCCGACGACGAACUCACCGUCCAGCAAUACCGCUCCCUGGGAGCCAUAGUGUACUGCAAAACCAACAUCCCGCAGAGCCUCAUGAUGAGCGACAGCUACAACCACGUGUGGGGGCAAAGCGUCAACGCGCUGCGCAGGGAGCUCAUUUCCGGGGGCAGUUCCGGUGGCGAGGGCGCGCUCGUCGGCGCCAGGGGCAGUGUGCUCGGCAUAGGCACGGACAUUGGCGGGAGCAUACGCAUCCCCGCGGCCUUGCAGGGCCUGUACGGCUUGUGUCCGAGCGUGGGCCGCGUGCCGUAUCGAGAGUCCGCGCGCGACCAGAAGUACAUCGUCAGGCCCGUCGCGGGGCCCAUGAGCAACAGUCUCGGCUCGGUGGAGCUGUUCAUGGAGGCGUAUGCGAGUCUGGAGCCCUGGACCACGGACCCGACGAUCCUGCCCCUCCCCUGGCGCCGGUGGCUCGACGAACAGAUCCAAGAGAAGGAGUGCUUGCGCAUCGGUUACAUCGUGGACGACGGCGGUGUCAAGCCGCACCCGCCGAUCCAGCGCGCCGUACACGAUGUCGUGGAGCGGCUGAGACAGAGCGGCCACGACGUCGUGCAGUGGGAUGCCUCGGGCCAUGUGCAGGCGUACUAUGAGCUGUGGGUGCGGGCCGUGCUGGCGGACGGCGGCAAACGGUUCGAGUCGUUGUGCAAGAUGGUCGACGAGCCGCUUAUCCAGGGCAUGCUGGUCGGCACGCACGAGACCCUGCUCGACCACCAAGAGAGGAUGGACCUGGCCGACGCCAUCUGGGAGUACAAGAGGCAGUACCUGGACAAGUGGAGGGAGAGCGGGAUCGACGCGCUCAUCAUGCCCGUGACCCCCUGGGUCGGCAUGCGGCCCAAGGUCUGGGUCAAGAGUCAGCAGUACGUCGGAUACACGGCGCUGUGGAACCUGUUGGAUUACAGUGUGCUCACCAUGCCCGUCGGCAAUGUGGAUAAGGUGCUCGACGAUCCCAACACGGAUGAAGACUGGAAGAGCCAUGCGGGCAGUACCAGAGGGUAUCCGGAUGAGUUCAAUUAUAACAUGUACAAGGAGCUCUGGGACGACGGACUGGUGCAGGGGUUGCCCGUGAACAUCCAGAUCGUCACGGGCCGGUUUGGCGAGGAGAAGGCUGUCGGUGUUGCCAAGGUGCUUGAGAAGUUGGGCAUUGUAUGACGCCUGAUGAGCGCAACGAAGCAGUUAUACUAGCAUCAACUUUUCGUGACCUGUCUACCAGGACGACCGAGGUACGUCGGUAUUUAUCUAAGGUACAUAACAUAGUAUUGACGAAUAUUCCAAAUGCCCACCAAGCAGGACGCGGCCGAUGUACUACGUACAUGCGU